UGGAUACAGAUUGAGAUGGAAGUUGGAUGAGAUUCUCAGCUUGCAUGUACUGAUCUCUCUAGUGUUCUUCUUAGUGGAUAGAUAAUGUUUGGGAAACUAAAUUAGAUUGUAAACGUACAGGUAAUGAUCUCUCUCGUAUCCUCCAUUGGGGAAGUGGUUACUCUGGCGGCGAGAGUCCUGUAUCGCUACUCAUGGCCAUUGACCAGGCUCACGAAGUGUUUCUUGAUAGAUGGUGUGUCAUGUUUGACUCCGUGGACACUAACGUUCCUGACACACUGUCAAACGACAGCGCACUUGGUUCGAUGGGAGGAAGAGAGGACGAUCCUAGUAUUUUUACGAUGAAUAACUACUUUGGCAUCGGAAUUGGAGCUGAGCUUUGUUUAGAUUUUCAUCUUCAGAGAGAGGAAGCACCUGAUAAAUUCCAUAGCAGGCUUCAUAACAAAGGAGUUUACUUUAGAGCAGGGAUAAAGAAAAUGGUCAAAGGCUACUCGCGGAUAUUUACUCACGAAGUCGAAAUAGAGGUGAUUAUUCUAAAGAACGGAGAUAUUGGGAUGGUUGGUUCAUGGUACAUGGUUGCUUUCAUGGGAUGA